UUGAGUGGCUUCUAAGGAUUUCUCUGUAACCCGAAUUAAGUUCUGCUUUCGUUAUAAUGCAACCUGAGCCUUUGCGGUAUGGAUAUGGCAGGAGAAGUCAUAGGGUUGGGCCAGGAGUAAAGGAUUUCAAAGCUGGAGACAAAGUUGUGACUUAUCUUGGCCUUGAAAUCGGCUGUGGACUAGCUGAGUAUGUUGUGGCCGAGGAGAGUAUGACAGUUGUGAAGCCUCCAGAAGUUUCCGCUGCUGAUGCUGCUGCUCUGCCUGUUACUGCUCUCACUGCUCAUCAAGCUCUCACUGAUUCUGCUGAGAUCAAGCUUGAUGGGAGUGGCAAGACUCCGAAAGGCGCAGCUCUUAAGAGCCCUUUUGGUGUGAAAUAUGAUGUCGUAAUCCACUGCACUUCAGACAUUCCGUGGUCAACCUUUGAGCCAAAUCUUAGCACAGAGGGGAAAGUUACUGACUUAUCUCCCAAUCUUAUUUCCUAUCUGAUUUUUAAGGCAAAAUUUCUUACCUUCUCUAAGAAGCAGUUGGCGCCAAUAAUCAUAUUCUCCAAGCGUGAGAACAUCGAUUUUCUUGUUAAUUUGGCAAAGGAAGGGCUAUAAUUAAAAUUAUUUAAUAAUCAAAUUUAAUAAAAUUU